GCGGCGGGCGCCGAGCUGGCGUGGCCGCCCGAGGAGCUGGCCCGCGCCACGGUGGAGCGCGACCUGCGCAUCCUGCGGCGCUUCCGCCAGCACCCGCUGCUCUUCCCGCUGCUGCGCCUGGUGGCCGGCGGCCGCCCCGCGCUCUGCUACUGCUCCGUGCUGCUGCGGGGGCUGCUGGCCAGCCUGGUGGCCCACUGGGACGCGUGCCGCGCCAGCAGCACGCUGGCCUCGCCCUGGCACCUGCGGGCGUCGUGCGCGCUGGUGGCGCUGCUGGCCGAGGGCUCGCUGCUGCCGCCCGUGCUGGGCAACAUGCACGAGCUGUUCCCCGAGCUGGCGCCCUUCGAGGUGCACCUGCUGCUGCUCAGCGUCUGGGGCUACCUGCGCGACAACAGCCCCCUGCCGCAGAGGUUCACCUUCCAGCCCGAGCUCGGCGUCUUCCGCCGCGACUUCGGCCGCGACGGCGACCUGGGCAAGCACCUGGCCGUGCUGCACGCCGUGCUGCACCGCAACAUCCACCGCCUGGGGCUGCUGGCCGCCCGCUUCUACCCCUGACGGGGGGAUCGGGGGUCCGG